CUAGGUUUUUUCAGAUUAUCAUAUGGGAUGGGGAUCGCCCUUAUUGGCGAAGUGGACCUUGGAAUGGAAACAUUUUCAUGGGAACAAGAUAUUAUAAUACUGGUUAUGGUAAUAUACUCAUUAACACCGGGUCAUUCGCACAGGAGGAAGUAAGAGGGAUGCUUUCUCUGGUUUUUACAGGUGCGAAUGAGACUUUGUUGCCUCGUUAUGUAAUAAUUGAUCAAGGGAUAUUAGCUGAAAGUGGUGGGAUGAUAGCAAGAAGAACAGGGGAAUUGCGUGGCAUGCCCCGGAAAAUAUAUGUGACACCUAUGGUAUGUGUGGAGAAUUUGGAAACUGCAACCCGCAGACUAAACCUAUGUGCAGCUGCUUAAAAGGGUUUGUGCCAAAGAACGCGGAGGAAUGGAGGAGAGGAAACUGGACAAGUGGGUGUGUGAGAAGAAAGAAGCUGCAAUGUGGGGUUCAAGGGGGAAAACAAGAUGGGUUUUUGAGGUUAAAGAUGAUGAAAGUGCCAGUUAAUGCUGAUAUUGUUGAAUGGUUUGUGGGUCUGAAUCCUGAUCAGUGCAGAACAACCUGCCUGGCAAACUGCUCUUGUUUGGCUUAUACACAUGAUACUGGAACUGGAUGUAUGAGAUGGAGCGAGAACUUGAUUGACAUAGAGGACCUUUCACCUGGAGGGGUGGACCUAUUCAUUCGGCUUGAACAAUCAGAGCUAAGUACUAGUAAGAGAUAUGACUUUAGGAACAGCAGUGAUUGCCACUAUCAUAUACUUCCUGUUCAAAUGGAGAGCUCGGAAAAAGGGUAAACACACAUCGGAUAGAAAUAGAAAAUCUAAAUCAAUACCAGAGAAAAAAGCUGGGAAAGCAACAGAUUCAUAUCUAUUCAAAGACAAAACCCAAGUAAUGAUUGAAGACUUAAAAGUCUCAAAACUUGAAGAUCUGAUAAUAGCAACAGACGGCUUUAGUGAGAGUAACUUGCUCGGGAAGGGUGGUUUUGGCCAAGGUAAGAAUGAGUUCAAUUCAAACAUGAUCUUACGUAGUCUAAAAUGCAACAAAACGUAGCAGGAGAUAAUAUGAUGUUUGUUUACAGGGUAAACUAGAAAAUGGUCAAGAAAUAGCAGUAAAAAGGCUUUCAAGAGCAUCUGGGCAAGGUGUAGAAGAAUUCAUCAACGAAGUUGAAUUCAUCUAAAAACUUCAGCAAUUUCAGAUUUCUAAUAAAGCUGUAAUCAAGCGAAACAGGAACAUCAUUAUAAAACGGAGGGAAUAGUACAUGUUAAAAGAAAAAAUAAAACAAAAACACUCAAAAUUACAUUAAUUAUACUAGUUCGUAUGUGAUAUAUUGCCUUUGGAUUCUAACACCUUAUUGCAGCUAGAUUGAUGGGGCAGUAAGCUGUGUAUCUCCUUUGUGUAUCUCCUUUAUCGUUAAAAUUAUGUACUAAUACAACGGGACAAGCGAAUCGACCCAAGGAUGAAAGGAAAUGAUCCUUUCGGUACCAUCUGGUAAAUUUGUGGCUUCGAUCUCCCUAGCUUGUUUGGAUUGUAGAUCACAGCAGAUGAAAACCUUUUGUAGAGCUCUUGUACGGUCAGCUAUUGCUAAUAUGAUACUGCGUCGUUCAUCUCGGAAACCCAAAUUAUAUAUUUUAGCAUGAUGAAAAUCAACAUGUUUCAAUUGCCCCGAGAGAUGAUGAAAAAUUCGAGUCCAAGAUAUCUUCUUCUUGUUUAAUACCCAUAUCUCCAAAGUAUAUGUUACGAUACACAACUGUCCUUCUAAAAUGGUCAAUUCUGAGUCAUCUUCACAGUUGGUAUAGUUUAUCUCUCUCUUUACCGGAUGGGGUAUCUGGUAAUACCUUUGAGUGAAAAGAUCGAAACACCUUAUUCCUGUAAACAACAAAGGAUUCAUCCAAUGGAAGGAGUUGUCAGCCAAGAUAGCAGGUCGGGGGCUCAUACA